GUAACCAAAAUUAUAACAUACAAAAAAUAGAGAUUAAUAUUUAUUAACAAAUAUCUUAUUUUGACUUUGUAAAUAUAUAUUAAAGGUUAAUAACUGAUCGAAGUAACGCCCAUCACGAUUUGAUUGGUUGCUGAAUGAUAACAUGUAGGUUGAAUCAAUGUUUACAAUAAAAAGAAUGGAAUCUUGUGUAUAUUUUAUUGUAAAGAUGGUGUUUUUGUAUGUUAUUUGAUAAAAACUUGCAUUAAAACAUGCAAGACCAGUGUGAAAAUGAAAAAGAAGAUGGCAGUGCACCACCAUCAGAAAUCAUUUGCGCUGGGUGCCUCAAUGCUGUUGAUGAUGAAGAAUUUGUGUCAGCUCUUGGUCAAGAGUGGCAUAUGGAGUGCUUCAGGUGCUCUGCUUGUGAUGCCUCAUUAUCAAACUGGUAUUUUGAGAAGGAUGGUUUACUGUUUUGUAAAGAUGAUUAUUGGGCGAGAUAUGGAGAAUCUUGUCAACAGUGUAGCCAGAUAAUAACAGGUCCCGUCAUGGUAGCAGGUGAACAUAAGUUCCAUCCUGAAUGCUUCUGCUGUGGUUCCUGUAGUGCUUUUAUUGGAGAUGGAGAUUCCUAUGCUCUUGUGGAACGAUCAAAACUAUAUUGCGGCCAAUGUUACAAACGUCAGAUGCAACCACUGCAGAAAACUGCGGGGUUUCCGUUUGCCAGAAAACCACAUUCUAUUCGGCUAGUGGAGAUUCCAGGUGGUCAAAAAGGUAUAAAACUGUCCAAAAAUGCCUUGCAUCCAGACUGUAAUACACAAUGUUUCACAAUAUCUGAGUUUUUAUGGAAAAUACAUGGAAAGUUGCUCCAAGUGGCUUUCGCAUUUCUAACAUCCGCUUUUAACAUAUGCUGCUAUUUUUUACCCCCGUAUAGGUUGGACGUCAACAACGAUUUGAUGUCAUUGCAUAUCGGUGAUAAAAUAUUAGAAAUAAAUGGUAUGCCAGUUAAAGAUACGUCAUUGGAAAACGUAGAAAAUCUAUUAAGAUAUUCGGACACAGUAUUGCAGUUAACCAUAGAACACGAUCCAGAAACCAUAUCUCGAAAUCUCGCCAAAUUCACGGCAUUAAGACAUUCCAACAUACCUCUAACUACAACCGCCAGUGAUACCAACAUUCCCAGUAUAAAAAGCGUUCCGGAUAACGUUAUUUGUUCCGGAUCGACUGAUUCCCUCAACGGAGAUCACAAAUCAGACUUUUUCAACAUUCCUACGAUUCAGCAACCGUGCGAGACCUUCGACAAACCGAACAACGUUGGAAUUAACAAGGAGAGACUGUUUAAGAGGAAGGAUGAAGGUUACAUGAGCGGGACGAGGUCCAGGCAGUUAAGGAGGAAGAAUAACUUGUCAGAUAACCAGUGUUUGGAUAAGGAAAGGAGUUCGUCGUUGAGCAGGCUUUUGGAUGAAUCUCCAAAUUCUAAAAGAUGUUUAGAAUUGUCACGUGCCUACUCAUUUUUGGAGCCUAGACCUCAACAGAGAGUGUUCCGAGCCUCAGAUUUGGUCAAAGGAGAACUUCUAGGCCAAGGGUUCUUCGGUCAAGUGUACAAAGUAACUACCAGAGAUACCGAAGAGGUGAUGGUGUUGAAGGAGCUGUACAGGGUGGAUGAAGAGGCUCAGAAGAAUUUCCUUAAAGAGGUCGCAGUAUUAAGAAGUCUUAACCACAAUAACGUCCUUCGUUUCAUCGGCGUCUUAUACAAAGAAAAACGUUUACAUUUAGUGACUGAGUACAUUUCUGGAGGAACUCUGACAGAAUUGUUACACGAUUCCUGCCAACCUCUCCCAUGGGAACAAAGAGUGUCCUUCGCCAAAGAUAUAGCUUCCGGAAUGGCCUAUCUGCAUUCCAUGAAUAUUAUUCAUAGAGAUCUCAAUUCCCACAACUGUCUAGUUAGAGACGACAAAACUGUGAUUGUAGCCGAUUUCGGUCUUGCCAGAAUAAUUUCACAUGCAACGAACAGUACGAGAAAGGUGUCUCCGAAGAAUCCAACGGGAUGUAAACGACAGGAGCGCAAAAAACGGUACACGGUAGUAGGAAAUCCCUAUUGGAUGGCCCCAGAAAUGAUGAAAGGAAAUAAAUACGACGAAAAGGUCGAUAUCUUCAGUUUUGGGAUUAUUUUGUGUGAAAUUAUAGGAAGAAUCCAAGCCGAUCCAGACUUUAUGCCGAGAUCGAACGAUUUUGGUUUGAACCAAAUGGCCUUCAAGGAAAAAUUUUGUUCGUCUUGUCCUGAACCUUUUUACAAAAUUGCAUUUUUGAGUACCGAUAUUAAUCCCGAUAAAAGGCCACCCUUCGAAGUAAUGGAAGUAUGGCUCGAAUCCCUCUCGAUGCAUUUGUCCGUGGGCAUGGCCCUUCCUCCCGACCUCCUCUUCGACAUCCAGCACUACCGAGGGCUGAGUCCUAGCUCUUCCGGAAGCACCACUCCCGAGGGCAUACCGUCCGGCCAUCGCAGCCCUGCUCUAGAGCCUAUCUGCGAGGGAAAAAUGGCCAAUACGAAGAGGAGCUCCGAGAAAAUCUUCUCCGAUUGUAAAGGCGUGGAUAAGAGUAGAAGUUCCGAGAGAAUCUGCGGUGAGGGAAGACUGGUAGAUGGCACUAGUAAAAGUAAGAGUUCGGAGAAGAUCUAUAAGAGUAGCGAGAACUUGAAGCCUAUUAUAAAAGUGUCCUCUGCGGAAAAUAUCAAGCCUGUGAUCAAAGUGUCGAGUUGCGAAGGAUUAGCAGAAAAAUCUCGAGAUACCGUCGAUUUCUUGUCAAAACCUCCAGAGAGCCUAAUUCUGUCCGACUUGGAGAAAGAUUUCCCAAACUACGAGAACAUAGAUUUCCUAAAAAACGACGUGGCCUACUUGGGAGACCAAGAAAAACACAUCGGCAUACAAAAACUCGAAUCCGAACCUAUAAAAUGUGAUAAAUCCAUCAGCAGUACUACCGAUAACAACCUGAGGGAAAACGUAUCACCCCACCUGCGGAAAAUUCCGAAAAACUUCACCAGAAAUCGAUUGGUGAAGGAAAUGAAAGAAAAUCAAGCCAGAGAAGAUAAGAUCAUGUUAAAGAGUUUCGACGCCGAUCAUAAUACCAAAGUUACUAAUUUAAAUUUAAACAGCAUCGGGCUGAAGACUAGCCAACCGUCGCAGGUUACUGAAAAAUUCGUUAGCAACUUGAAAAAUGUAAACUUGAAGGAAAAUCCAACGUAUCAGCGAUCUAUAAGUGAGACUAGUGAAAGUCCCGAAAGAAGACAUGAGUUUAGGUCGAGUUUGAGCCGGCGAAGGUAUACUAAAGACCCUGAAAACUCCAAUUUCCUGAAAAGAACUCCGAUUUUGAAACGACGUUCACCGACGAAAGCCGAUAACGUAGUUCCUGAUAGUAUUGCAUCUCCAGAACGGAUAACUUCCUUAGAAAAAACUUCCCUUGAUCUAGACUGUAAAGACAAAUCCCUGAACGUACUAGAAAAGCCUUCUUUAUUAUCGAAACUCACUCCCAGCCUCCAGAGACGAACGGGUUUCCUAAAUCUGGAAGACUCAUCUGGAAACGUGAGUAAAAAACCUUUCUUAGUUGCAGCAUCUUCUGGUAGUAUUGUAAGGAAUAUGGUAGAUAGUCUGAACAGGAAAGGUGGCUUGGGGUUCGGGAACAGGACCAGUUUCGGCCGAUGCUCUCUAAAUUUAUCCGGAUCUUCUAAAGUGAACCUCAAGAAAGUGGGAAGGAGCCCCAGUCCUCCUGAGGAAUACACAGUGCUGUGAUUGGGUAUAUUUUUUCUUAGAAUAGUAAUCGAAUUUUACUGCGGAUUUUUGUGUUGAUGGCUGUGCCAGUUGGGAAGUUUGAAAUGAAAUUUUCACUUUUUAAUGUGUAACAUUAUAGUAUCUUUCAAGAUCUGCAAAUACUUUUUUAAGUGCCUUGUUCUCUAAGAACAUUGGCGAUAGCCGCAAGCUCUUUGCUUUGUCCGUAGUAGUGAUGUUGAUUAUAGUUACUUUCGAGUAUUCGUUACAAAUCGUUACUUUUGUAUAAAGUAAUCAUUGGGGUUCGGGAACAGGACCAGUUUCGGCCGUAUUCGUUACUUUGAUUAUUUUUGUUACUUUUGUGUUUGAGUACCGGUAAUCAUAUUGAGAAUCGCAUUUCUCAGUACAUAUUUUGUAUUAGUAUUAGUAGGAUACUUUGAUUACUAGGAUUACUCUUGUAUUUGAGUAACGGUAAUCAUAUCGAGAAUUGCAUUUCUCAGUAUUUCGUAUAAGAUCCGAUAUAACGACCUUCACCGAUCUAUUUAAUGGAUAAAAAUUAAAUGAUAUGGAAUUGUUCUGUCAUUGCUGUUCCACAAUAUCAGUAAUCUCGAGUAAUCUGUUUGCAUCAAUUAAGUGCCAAAAACAAACCCUGGAAACUCUAGAUGACGUACCUUAGCAGUAACCCUGGGCACCCAGGUGCUUCGGAGGUCGGUUCUGAUUGCAAAUUCGUAUUCAGUGACCCCAAAUACCCCGAAAUAAGAAAAUCUGGCUCAUAAUAUACUGAUUUUAACAUGUUUAUGCAUUUUUCGAUGCGUUUUAUACACUUUAAAAUGCAAUAAUGCAUUUCCACCUAUUUUUGUAUUGUAGACUUUUUUCCAGACGUCAUCCUAAUCCUAAAUACAAUGCAAAAAGUUGCAAGUCUCUAUGUACCUACUAUAUUUAAAAAUAUAUUUAUUCCUGUGUUUUUAGUGUUAAAUGCCUUGGUCUAAUAAAAACAAUGUCAUACCUACAUGUAAAAUUAAAGUUGAUGAUCAUAGUCUAGAAAUAUUAUCAUUUCUACAUAUUUUCUGGUCAAUCUAAGCUAUUUUUUUCUAGGCCUGAUAAGAAUAGUGUGUAUUUAUUACUAAAAUCUAAUGUGUUUCAUUUUUAUUUUCAAAAGAACUACCAUCUGUGAAAUUCUGUAAAUUAUCUACCUCGACAAAUCGUAUAGACAUCUGUUUCUGGGUGCAUGCUUUGUUAAAUGAUAUACCUCCCCCUGUUUCAGCUACUUCUCAGCGCCCUGUAAUCCUGUCAAACUCUUCAUAGCCUUCGCCCUUCAUAGAUAAAAUUUUAGUUAACUGUACUGAUACCGAACACUCGUGGAAUACCGGUCCGACUCCGAUAUCAACCGAUUGUAGAUACAAUACUCAAAAUCAAAAUCAAAAUAGGUACUCACUCUGAUACGAUUGGUACGAAAUAACGAAGUAAUCAGAGUAAUCAAAGUAACGAUUUGCCUCUCUGUAUAGUAAUCGUUACUUUCGGUAUUCGUAAGUAACGAUUACUUUGUAACGAAUAGUUACUUUUUCAACAUCACUAUUUGUCUGAGGAUUUUACUUUUAGAACAGCCUAACCGUUCUUCAUCACUUUUUGUUAUCGUCCACGUUUCCGACUCGUAAGUGAGGACGGGCUUGAUUAGAGUUCUGUAUAUCAAUAUUUUUGUUCUUUGUGUGACUAUGUUUGAUGUUAAAAGUUUCUUUAAUCCAUAGUACGCUCUAUUUGCUAGAUAUACAGGGUGAGGCAAAUAAAGGGCCUAUUAGAAAUAUAUCGAGAAAUAAAGGCAACAGAAUCAUGAAAAUUUGAAUUAAGGGGUUUUGAAGAGUCAUCUGUUUAAUGAAAAUAUUUUCAUCUAUUUACUACUUCCGGUUAUACCGGAAGUUGCUUAUAACUUCGUUUUUUUUUAAUGGGACACCCUGUAUAUUUUUACAUUUUUGGAUUCUACUCAAUAUCUUCUUUCUUAAAAUGUGAGGUUUUGUAAUGUUAUACAGGGUAUUUUAAAAGAUAAUUACGUUUUUUUAUUAAUUUCGUAGCAACAUUCACACCCUGUAGAAUUGUAGUAGUUUGACAUCUAAAACUCUACUUACGUUCAAAUGAUUUUUAAUAUAAUCUAUUAUUGUUAAGAAUCAUUAGUAUAGUUAAAUUUUAGUAUUGCAAUGAAAUGAUAUUUUAUGGUACUUUUUUAUUUCUUAAGCAUUCCCUAUACCUAACUGCUUUAAUUUGUGCGUAAUUGUUAAUCGCACCAACAAAGGUAUUUUGAUAGCUAAACUAUUAUUCAUUCAUAUCAGUAUUCAUAUCAGUAUGGAUUAAUAUGUAUUUACAUAUUUCUAAAAAUUAUUUGUGAUUGAAUAUUUUCACGGCCAACCUAAUAAAAUUUUACGUAAAAUAUUAGGAAAUAAGGAGUCUAAUGCUCAUAAUCUUAUUGAAGGUUUCAUUAACUACAGUUUGUGGGCGACCGGUUUCGGCGUUUACAAUUUGUACGCCAUCAUCAGGCCCUUAGAAACUGAACAAAGCUAAAAAAUAAAUGAAGCUGUGUCAAAAUACAGUUGCCCUAGGUUAAGUUUUAGGUGUUAGGUUUAACAAUAGGUAAUAAAACACAGAAGGUGUCACAAAGGUGUUCGAAUGGACCAGUACUAAUCUGAUGUUAACUGUUGUAGUCAGUAUAUUAUGACUACAACACAUAUUUUUUGUUGGAAUUAAUGUUUAGCUUAAAUCACCAAUAACUCACAAAUUAAAGCAGUUAGGUAUAGGGAAUACUUAUAAAAUAAAAAAGUACCAUGAAAUAUCAUUUCAUUACAAUACUAAAAUACAGGGUGUUCCAUUUAAGAAAACUCAGAAAAUAUUCAUUCCGUGUUUCGACCAACCCUGUAUACUAAAAUUUCAAAAUUAGCUAUACUAAUGAUUCUUAACAAUAGUAGACUAUAUUAAAAAUCACUUGAAUGUAAGCAGAGUUUUUAAUGUCAAACUAUUACAAUUCUACAGGGUGUGAAUGUUGCUACGAAAUUAAUAAAAAAACGUAAAUAUCUCUUACAAAACCUCAUAUUUUAAGAAAUAAGAUAUUGAGUAGAAUCCAAAAAUGUAAAAAUAUACAGGGUGUCCCAUUCCAUGCAACUUCCGGUAUAACCGGAAGUAACCCCUUUAUUCCAAUGUUCAUCAUUCUGUUGCCUUUAGUUCUCGAGAUAUUUCUAAUAGGCCAGUUAUCUGCCUCACCUUAUAUACGUCUGUUACGUUUUUAUUCUGCAGUUACUGUAUUACUUUGGUAGAUUUGUGGGCCUAGAUAUACGAACUCUUUUGCUCCUUCGAAAGUAUAUCUUCCAACCGUUAGAUCUUUGGUUUCUGCUACUUAGCUACUUGUUUAUUAUUUGUGACGGUCAGACAAACUAGCUAUUAUUCGUAGGCCUCUUCCAUCCAGACCUAUGUAAUUCAAAAUAAAAUUAACGUCUCUUGUUUUAUUGUCAAUUGCUUUCUUGCAGUCGAUACAGCGCGCAUAUACAUUAACAUUGACAUGUCGACAUCUCUGUAUGGGAACCGGUAUGCCAAAUAACGCCUAUAUUGUAGGGAAACCACUCUUGAAGCUUUCUUGAGAUUUGUCAAUGUUUUCGUCACAUCUGGUACAUAUUUUGGAGUUAAUGAUUGAAAGUGAUGAAGAAAAUGUAACGUGGACUAAUUUGGGGUAAUUAGUAGAGAUGGUUUUGUAAAGAUUUACGAGAGGGCUCCAUGUUUUGUAUAUUUUGGAUCCACUUAUCGCUUUUGUUGAUGCAAUCUGGACGUUUUUUUAUCUCAAUGGUUCUCGAGUGGUUUAAGUUUUUAGAAAAUAAUGAAUGAGAGGUAUAAAGUUGCAAUUUUCAAUCUCUACUGUACAACAUGCAUGUAGGGAUCCUGUGGUAUAGAGAAAAAUGGCAAAAAAACUUGGUCGUAAUGGGGUGUCGUCAGAAAAAACGGCAUUUUUUUAAAAUAUCUUCAUUACUAGACAUAGUUGAGCUUGUUAAAAAAUUACUGGAUAAAAAAUAAACGUUUCUUGAAAAAUACUAUAAUCCUAGCGGCAAAAUUUAAAUAAAAUGUCCAACAUUCUAAGGUUUACCAGUUGUUUCCUUAAUUUUUUACUAUAUAUCUCUCCAUAUUCUCUCUAUUUUUCCAUAUCCAUAUCUCUCUGUAUCUUAUCUGGAUUUUAUCUGACUUUCAAUAACUUACAGUGCUUCCAUGUAUCAAAAGUCCGCGUUCCAACUAUUAAUUGGACCGUAAAACAUUAAUUUAUUAAGUGAAAUGGAUUUCGACUCGAUUUAAGUUCUCUGUUGAACCCAAAAGGCACCGUUAGGAAAAUAUUCCAAUUUACGGUUCAGAGAACCCGUAUGAAUUGAGUCUGUGUAUUCUAAUACAGGGUAUGGCAUUAGUAAAAUAAGAAAAUCUACGGUUUCGUUUUGAUUUAAAUCUGUCUCCCUCCAUCCUCCGAUAGUAUUAUUUCUAGGUCUACCUGUUGUCAAGGAGGCAAGACAAAUUUACACCAACACGACCGUAGUUUCUUGAUAUAAAAUAAAACUAUUUAUAUCGCAGUAUGGAUAGAACGCCCUCUAACGGGAAAUAAGUGAAAUGAAUUCCGACUCGAUUCAAGUUCUCUGUUUAACCCAGAUAUGACAAUACCAAAAGGCACCGUUAGGAAAAUAUUCCAAUUUACGGUUCAGAGAACCCGUAUGAAUUGAGUCUGUGUAUUCUAAUACAGAGUAUGGCAUUAGUAAAAUAAGAAAAUCUACGGUUUCCUUUUGAUUUAAAUCUGUCUCCCUCCAUCCUCCGAUAGUAAAUUUUCUUAUUAUAAUAUAUUAUAAAUCAAAACGAAACCGUAGAUUUUCGUAUUAUAUACUACGUCUGUGUACUCUGUAUUAGAGUACACAGACUCGAUUCAUACGGGUUCUCUGAACCGUAAAUUGGAAUAUUUUCUUAACGGUGCCUUUUGGUAUUGUCAUAUCUGGGUUAAACAGAGAACUUGAAUCGAGUCGAAAUUCAUUUCACUUAUUCCCCGUUAGAGGGCGUUCUAUCCAUACUGCGAUAUAAAUAGUUUUAUUUUAUAUCGAGAAACUACGGUCCUGUUGGUGUAAAUUUGUCUUCCUCAGAGCCACCCUGACAACAGGUAGACCUAGAAAUAGUACUAUCGGAGGAUGGAGGGAGACAGAUUUAAAGCAAAACGAAACCGUAGAUUUUCUUAUUUUAUUAAUUUAUUAGUUGUAUUAAUCUGGAUACCUUAACUGAAGCUUAAGUUCUUGCGCCACCCAUUAUCUUCCUAUAUUAUUGUAUGAUUCUGUCUGUGAAAUUUCAAAGCGACCACCGUUCCAUAUUCAAUGGUAGGUAUGUAGAAGGGGAAUAAGAACUACUGAUAAGAAACUGGAAAAUAAAUAGACCUGUCCGAGUGUUCAACAGUUGCCAUUUUAAUACACCCAGACAUAAUGUCACAAAAAUAUAGGAACAUAGUGAAUGAGACAAGAGAUUUAAAAUGACGUGAUUACUUGUCAUAUGAUCCCAUUUAAAAUAAUUUUACAAAAUGGCGUCCGUUUGUCAUUUUUUAUAACACACUGAAACAUAAAUAUAAUGUACAGGUUUUUUAAUUUAGUUAAUUAAAAAUUUAUUAAUUUAAGCUUUAUGGUUCAAAAAAUAGUUCGAGGUGAAUUCAAGAUGCUGACUAUUACUAUUAGUAUUUAGAUACCCCAAAGACUUAUUUUUUACUGCUUUUACUUGUACAAUUUUAUGUAAAAGUGAAAGACGGUGUAAAAAUAUAGGACUAAAAUUUAUCGAAACAACUGGUAAUAUGACAUAUCUCUGAUGCAGCAAAAAUAUUAUGAAAAGUAUAUUUUUUGUUCUAUUUUCACAGUGUGUUGUAAAAAGUUGAUGGUGCAUAUUCACAAUCGUUCAUUAGACGGGAUCUUAUUCUAUUUUCAAGAUAAAACAUCAUCAAAUUUCGUUGUGCAUACUGCGGUAACGUCCAAGAAUUUUUCGUAUUAUUUACCGCCUUUGCUUUACUCUUACAUGAUUUUAUUUCCUUCAUUUUUCACCUACUCUCGUUUAAGUACAUAACUUUAGUCUGGUUUAGUUCAUAACUAAUCGAUCAGUAUUACAUUUUGAAAAUAAAAAUCGACUGCGCCAUUCGAUUUUUUUUUUAAUAUGUUUGGUAUAUCAGAGACUAGUAUCGUACACGCAGCACUUACUUUGUACACAAUCUCCAGUUUUCCCUACAGGUCUAAGUAAAAACUUAUUUGAAGCUAUUGGAUAUUUUCUUAUGAAUAGACUUUUAUCUCCGCGAUCUCUUUUCUUGUUAAAAAUUAUAUAAAACGUGAAUUGUUGAAUAUAUAUUGCUCAUCAUGAAUUUUCAUGCAGUUUAUUCGAAACAACCAUCAUACAUAAAAUAGUGAUAGUGUCGGAUAACACUUAACCAAAAAAUGACACUGAAAGGUAUUUUUAGUUUGGCGUCUUAAAUUUUCAAGUACUACAAGUUGGUUUUAUGGUAAACUGAGAUUGCAAAAUAAUAUUUCAAAAUAAUGAACUUCAGUCAAGAUAUAUGAUUAACACACUACUCACCUUCUUUUAUUCGUAUCACAUCUGAUCAAAAAACUGAAAAAUACGCGUUCAAUAUUUUUCAAAAUCUAUCGAAUGACACCAAACACGACCCUCCACUCUACCCCCUAGAGGUGGGGUGGUGGGUAACUUUAAAAUCUUAACUCUUGCCCCAUUUUUUAUUACAGUUCCAACAGUAACAGUUUUUUAUUACAGUAAAAGUUCCAACAAGAAAGAUUCCUUAGUACUCAACAACAGAGUAAAUGAAUUAAAAUUUAUAAACAUUUUUAAUUUCUUUGCAACACGAAAAUGCAGCAGCUGCAUAACACUCGAAUUAAAUCGAAGAGUGCAGGAAGAGUCUAUACCGGUUUCGGAAGUUUUUUUCUCCUCAUCAGUAGUCCCAUAUCCUCUUAUCUCCGAUUUCCCCAGGUAUCAUACUUUGGGCCUUUCCAAUCUAAACUUGUUAUAGACUGGUAUACUGCCAGUAGACUGGUAGGCUUUAGAGGUAGACUUCCAGCUAUCGAGCUAUCUCCUCCAUCUUUUUGGUGGUCUCCCCGGUUUACGCUUGCCAGCUGAUUUUCCUUCUAGCGCAAUUCUUGGUAGUCUGUGCUAAUGCAUUCUUUUUACAUGACUGAACCAUUCUCUUCUUCUUUGCCUACCCCGUCUUACUACAGCUUGUACGCUACACUGUUCCCUGAUGAUGUUGUUUCGUAUUCUAUCUCUUCUUGUUUCCCUGCUGUUGCUCUUAGUGUCUUUAUUUCGGUUGUUCGUAGCAUGCUUUUAGUUUUAUUAGUGUCUUCUCUUGAUUCAAUACCAUAGGUCGUAACAGGUCUGAUGCAAGUUUUAUAAAUUCUAACUUUGUUGUCCAUUCUCAUAUAAUAUGGGUUAUUCCAGACCACAUCUCUCAAACAUCGGGUCAUGAUAACUUGAUAAAUCUACACCUACAUUAUUUGAACUACUUUAGCUGUUUUAAACAAGUACAUAUAACAAAAAAAAAGUUAAUAUAUUGUAUCUGCAUUAUACCUGCAAUAUCUGAGUAUAUCAAUUGGCCAUUUUUUGUUGGGUAUUCAGAAUAUUUAAAAAAAUGGUUUACGAGCACUUUUACCUUCCAUUCAAUCUUUACAAAUGUCUGAACUAUAAGAUAGUCCUAAUAUCUUUAAAUUGUGUCUAUCUAUGUGUCCUAAUCUCCUAUGCCAUAAAGUAUCAUCUAUUCUAUAGUCUUAUUUACAUAUCUAUAUGAUUUGUCUGAUUACAAUAAUUAUACUUAUUAAUAACAAAAUCUACUUUUAAACAAAAUAAAUUAUUCAACCAUAUAUUCGAUAUUUUUUAAUCGAUUGAUUGAUCGAUAGGUAUCGAACCUUAUAGGUAUCGAUAUUGCAAAAAACACUAUUAAUUCAGAGAUGUACUUGGAAAAUGACACCAUUUUGCCUUUCAGUGUAGUUAAUUUUACAUUACCGUUUAAUAUACUAACAGUUGUUUCAUUCUUUUAUAUUUUCAGAAUAUUAUAAUUAAUUCCUUGUUUUUAUUUUUUUAUUAGUUUAUUACUCUAAAAUACAUAUACACAGUACGUCCCAAUAUCGAAUAUAUUAAAUAAGCUAUACGACGACUCUUUUUGUGGGACAAGCCGUAUAAUAAAUAAAAAGAAGAAUCGCUGAUUUAGUUUAUUUUAAAAAUUCUAAUAAUGCUGUGAUAAAAUUAGUAUUUAUGUAUAUACGAUGAAUUGAAUCAUUCCAUUUAUAUUAUUUUCCGUUUAUUAAAAAUAUGUGCCUAGCUUUAUUACCAUAUUUUUUAAGAUCGUUUAUUGUGAUAUUUACAAAUUUGAAAAAGAAAAAAUACAAGAUGGCUGCCUAUAUAUUUAAUUUUUCGGACAUCGUACAGAUUAUAUUCCAGUGAAGAUAGCUGCAAAUGCUGCAUGGCAGAAGGGAACAUUGGUGUUUAGCAGUGUUGCCAUGUCCAUAUAAUAUAUCGGGAAAGAGCAUGUGAUAUAUACCUAUAUUAAUUAAUUUAUUAAACAUGGACAACAUAAAAUGGUAAAAUAUCGAGAAAAAUGUAUUCAGGUACAUUCAUCCCAAAAUGUUGGUCAAAAGAAAUGGUCAAUUGUGACAAUGUGGCAUUUUUUUCUUUGAGGAUUCUGACUAUUGCCAAAUCUAUCCGGUAAUCUAUCAAAGGGCAAUUGCCAAAAAUUUUUUCUAGCAAUUAUCUGCAAUUGAUAUAACAAAUAUUUUUUUAUUCCUUCGUGUUAUAUAUAAAUUAAGAAAAGCAGUAUCCAUAAAAUAAUAUAAUAAAAAUGUAGUUUUUCGAAGCUUUCUCUUUGUAUAUUUGAAGCAUACAACAUAAUAUAAAUUAUAAGGAACAUGGUAACACUUACAAACGCAAAUAUUUCGUUCUGUGGACAUUUUUUUGUAGCUAUCUUCAUCGUAACGUAUUCUAUACAAUGACCAAUUUUUCUUUCAAUUUGUCUCUUAAAGAGAAUGGAAGGAGAAUAAAUAUAACAUGUGGUUCACACUUUAUUCCUUUCAUUUUUACCUCUCUACUGUCUUCUGCUUGUUUACCUUCUACAUCAUUAUUUGCGGCGGUAUUGUAAAUGGACUAUAUGCUAAAUUUUAUUUAUUUAAUUAUUUUAUAAUUAUGAAUUCGUUAAUCAAUGUAGAGAAACUCUACAAACGAAACUAAACGAAAACGCAUCUUGCCCUUUCUUGUUUAGUCCUUUAUUGCUCUUUGUUCGUCAGAGGGAUCUCUCCAUUUAACGAAACUUCUUUACUUUUAUUGAUAUUGGGAGGUAAGCAAUCGUCAUAACUAUUCGGACUUUAGAGACGGCGACUUGGAAAAGUUGCACAGCCAUGAUAUUGUACGUGUCCCUAUGACUCUCUUUCCUUUCUAUAUCUUUCCUUAGAUUAUCUUUCCUUAUAAAAUUUAAUUCUAAAUCUUCUCAUUUUGUUGAAAUUUGCUCUAGCCUUUUGUAUUCUGAUUUUGAUAUCCUGGAGUUAAUCAUUGUUGCAAGAUAUGCAUAUAUGUCCACACUUAUUGCAGCUGUUUCACACUCAAGAGUUUUUUCAGGAUCUUUUCCGAGUAGACAUUAAAAAGAAUUGGUGACAAUACGCACGUCUGUCUCACCUCACGUCUAAUUUCAAUUUCCUGUGAUAGCUCUUCGUUAACACGUACUUUUACUUGAGUAUAAAUUCGAUAUGAGCCUGAGGUCAAUGUAGUCUAUUUUUGAUUUCAUGACAUUCAUUAAUUACUCUUGUCGUACUUUAUCGAAUGCUUUAUUACAGUCAAUAAAACAAGCAGAUUAUAUAGGUUGAUAAAUAUGGACUUUUAAAUAAUAAGCAUUCAGCUCGAAACAAAUAAUGAACACCUUAAAACACUUUAAAACACGUUAAUAACACUUUAAAACUGUCGUCUCUCUAUUUGAUUCAAUAUACGCGGGUAGCCAUCUUGGUCUGUAGAGUCCUAUGAUUUUUGAUUAAAAUUUAUAUUGAAAACAGUUUAUAGUUUUAGGUGCUGAGGUAUUAAUAUUUGUAUAGUUUAUUCUUUUUUAAUAUUACUAUUAUCUUUUUUAUACACUUUUAUUAAGAUUUUUGUAGAUAAAUACAUGAUUUAGCAACA